ACCCGGAAAGUACUUAGUUAAUCUUGCCCGCUUCACAGCGGUAGUACAGAGAACACACCGGGGAGUGAAACACCAAUUUGCCGGCUGAAGAACACCAAAAGGUUCACUUUUAUGGUCGGAAAAAACAAACAUGAUGUUGAUAUUAUCCUGGCAACUAAUGACAAGGUGAAACCCUAAACGAUUGAGAUAUAGCCUUAAAACCGUUCGGGAAUAGGAGCAGUGGAGUAUCCGAGGCUCUGAAAUAUUUUCUGGGACUUGAGUCUUUGAAAAAAAAAAUAUAUAUACAUGUAUAUAUUAUCACCUGAGAACAAUUAGUGCUUUAACGAAAGGAAGGGGACACGUCGUUCAACUUGUGCCGGUUGACAACGGGGGCAAUUUGGGAGGAUCUCGGGUUAAUCGGACACCCCAGCGGCCCGUGUCCAAAUCAGCGACAGAAGCCGGGGUGUCGGCUUGAGAGAGUGGUCGGGUGGAACGUCUCCAACGCUGAGGUAAUAGCGUCAGACGAACGAACAGGAGCUGCGUUGAGAUUUGACCAUUGGGAGCCGGGGACAGAGACCUCAUGAAUGGAAAUCGGAACUUCAGGAGAUGUUGGGGCCCAGGCCCUGUUCUCAGUGCCGCGGCGGCCUGGCUUUGGCACCAUGGGGAAGCCCAUCAAGCUGCUGGCCAACUGCUUCCAGGUGGAUAUCCCCAAGAUGGACGUCUACCUCUAUGAAGUAGACAUCAAUCCCGAGAAGUGCCCGCGUCGCGUCAACAGGGAGGUGGUGGACUCCAUGGUGAAGCACUUCAAGGUGACCAUCUUUGGGGACCGAAGGCCAGUCUACGAUGGGAAGAGGAGUCUCUACACAGCCAACCCCCUACCAGUCACCACAGCAGGGGUGGAUCUGGAUGUCACCCUGCCAGGGGAGGGGGGUAAGGAUCGCCCCUUCAAAGUGUCCAUCAGGUUUGUGUCGCUAGUCAGCUGGCACAUGCUGCAUGAGGUCCUGACAGGGCGCACCAUGCCUGAGCCCUUGGAGCUGGACAAGCCCAUCAGCACCAACCCUGUACACGCUGUGGACGUGGUGCUGCGACACCUGCCCUCCAUGAAGUACACCCCAGUGGGGCGCUCCUUCUUCUCCGCCCCAGAGGGUUACGAUCAUCCCCUGGGCGGGGGUAGGGAGGUGUGGUUCGGCUUCCACCAGUCGGUGCGGCCCGCCAUGUGGAAGAUGAUGCUCAACAUUGACGUAUCGGCCACGGCUUUCUACAAGGCCCAGCCGGUGAUCCAGUUCAUGUGCGAGGUCCUGGACAUCCACAACAUAGACGAGCAGCCCCGGCCCCUCACCGACUCCCACAGGGUCAAGUUCACCAAAGAGAUCAAAGGUCUGAAGGUGGAAGUGACCCACUGCGGGACGAUGCGGAGGAAGUACAGAGUGUGUAACGUGACCCGCCGCCCUGCCAGCCACCAGACGUUCCCCCUGCAGCUGGAGAAUGGUCAGACAGUGGAGCGCACGGUAGCCCAGUACUUCAGAGAGAAGUACAGCCUGCAGUUGAAGUACCCUCACCUCCCCUGCCUCCAGGUGGGGCAGGAGCAGAAACACACCUAUCUGCCCCUGGAGGUGUGCAACAUAGUAGCUGGCCAGCGUUGUAUUAAAAAACUGACUGAUAACCAGACGUCCACCAUGAUCAAAGCCACGGCCCGCUCUGCCCCAGACAGACAGGAGGAGAUCAGCAGGCUGGUGCGGAGUGCGAACUAUGAGGUGGACCCGUUCGUCCAGGAGUUCCAGUUCCGCGUGCGUGACGAGAUGGCGCAGGUGACGGGCCGUGUGCUGCCAGCCCCCGGGCUGCAGUAUGGCGGCAGGGCGAGCUCGGAACACUUCAUGCCCCAGCAGGUGAACCCUGUGGUGUCUUUGCAGAACCGCACGGUGGCCACGCCCAGCCACGGCGUGUGGGACAUGAGGGGCAAACAGUUCCACACUGGGGUGGAGAUCAAGAUGUGGGCCAUCGCCUGCUUCGCCACGCAGAGGCAGUGUCGCGAGGAGAUCCUCAAGGGUUUCACAGACCAGCUGCGUAAGAUCUCUAAGGAUGCUGGGAUGCCCAUCCAGGGCCAGCCAUGUUUCUGUAAAUACGCCCAGGGAUCAGACAGUGUGGAGCCCAUGUUCAGGCACCUGAAGAACACCUACGCUGGCCUGCAGCUCAUCAUCGUCAUCCUACCUGGGAAGACCCCUGUCUAUGCUGAGGUAAAGCGGGUUGGAGACACCCUCCUCGGCAUGGCCACUCAGUGUGUCCAGGUGAAGAACGUGGUGAAGACGUCCCCCCAGACCCUUUCCAACCUCUGCCUCAAGAUCAACGUCAAACUGGGGGGCAUCAACAACAUCCUGGUCCCACACCAACGUCCCUCAGUGUUCCAGCAGCCUGUUAUCUUCCUGGGGGCCGACGUCACUCACCCUCCAGCCGGAGACGGAAAGAAGCCAUCCAUCGCAGCGGUGGUGGGCAGUAUGGAUGCCCACCCCAGCAGGUACUGUGCCACAGUGAGGGUCCAGAGACCCAGACAGGAGGUGAUCCAGGACCUGGCCUCCAUGGUGCGGGAGCUCCUCAUCCAGUUCUACAAGUCUACCCGCUACAAACCCACCAGAAUCAUAUUUUACAGGGAUGGUGUGUCAGAGGGGCAGUUCAGACAGGUGCUGUACUAUGAGCUGCUGGCGAUCAGGGAAGCCUGUAUCAUGUUGGAGAAGGAGUACCAGCCGGGCAUCACCUACAUCGUGGUGCAGAAACGCCACCACACACGCCUCUUCUGUGCAGACCGCAAUGAGCGGGUUGGACGGAGUGGUAACAUUCCUGCAGGCACCACUGUGGACACAGAUAUCACUCACCCCUAUGAGUUUGACUUUUACCUCUGCAGCCACGCAGGAAUACAGGGUACGAGCCGACCAUCCCAUUACCACGUCCUGUGGGACGACAACUGCUUCACGGCUGACGAGUUUCAGCUGCUCACCUACCAGCUGUGCCACACCUACGUCCGCUGCACCCGCUCUGUCUCCAUCCCCGCGCCAGCCUACUACGCCCACCUGGUGGCCUUCCGUGCCCGCUACCACCUGGUGGACAAAGAACAUGACAGUGCGGAGGGCAGCCAUGUCUCGGGGCAGAGUAACGGCCGAGACCCCACGGCCCUCGCCAAGGCUGUUCAGAUUCAUCACGACACACUGAGGACUAUGUAUUUCGCCUGAGAGGUAGAAUACCCCUCCCAACACCCCACCCUAUCAGCCUCUGUGUCCUAGUGGGGGUCAGCCAUCGCAUAUCGGACUUUGGGCUGGCGCAGCUCUGGUCCCGAUGAGGGGAUGCCAAGCCGCGAAGGAUAACAACAACCAGAGGGGAGUACAGCAACGUUAUGCAAUAUGAAACCAGCCAAUCCUCUCCCAGCCUGUUCUCCUUUGCUGUGUUUUUAAUGAAUGGAUCGUCUCUGAUACUGCUCCUUGAGCUGAGCUCAACUUUUGCUUUGUCUUAUUUUCAAAAUGGCAGAGUGUAGAAGACAAGACAGGGGAAUUGAUAAGGAUGGUUUCAGGGGUUGGGUGGGGACGUAGCAGGUCCAGUGAGGAUCAUUCUUGUUCCUCAACCCAGUGCUGAUAUGAUGACUUGCCUAUCCAUGUUCAAACGUAUAAAUUGUCCUCUUUCAAAUGUCUUCGUUAGCUUGUUGUCGUUAUAUGUGCGUCUUUGUAUGUUCUGUAGAAGUCUGAUUGCCAUGGCGAUGCCUGUUAGUCGAGAACGCUUGUGAAUCACAGCUAUGCCCUUUUUCAUAGGGCAAGCUGCUCGCCCAGUUACUCUGCUCUCUUUAAGCCAAUGGGGAUUUACUUGCAGUCAUUGAGCCUGUCAGAGUUGAACACGGCAAACUCUAUCUCUAUCAAAAGGCAUUUACAAAAAAAAAAAUGUUUUACAGCUAUUGUUUGUCGUACUUUUAGAAUAUCAACCCUGGCCACACCAUGGACCUACUCAGAACCUUUACAGAGUUCACUGUGGUAGCUACAGAGUUCACUGUGGUAGCUACAGAUUUCACUGUGGUAGCUACAGAUUUCACUCUCUUUUUUAAAAAUUAUGAUUUAUCCUUCUGUGAUUUGAGAUUAAUCUUAUUUAUCAUUCAUUUUCAGCAAUAGAGCACUGUUCGUUUUGUCAAAUUUGAACUAAGGAACUGAUGUCACACCUUUAAGUGCAAUAAGUCGUUAAUGCAUAAAAAGGGUUCUAUGGUUAACAUACCGAUUUGUAUAUUUUUGGGCCAUUAUGACAUGGGCAGGUGAUAACGGAUAAAGAAUGUAAACUGGGGCAAGGAUUGAUGCCACAAAAUGGUUAUGUGGGGGUGACAUUACACAAUACGUGUUUUUUCGUAAAUGGAGUGAAUUAUGUGCCCGUUUUUAGGUGGAAAGAAGAAUUUGAAAGACCAAGGAUGUAUCUAUUUUAGUUGGAGCUCCUCUGAGAUCAGUGAAUUAGUUUAGUUAUACAGUCAAAUAAUCUCAUCCAGGCAUUACUGUCAGCAUGAUAUGCUGUCUAGGAAUGUCUGGGGUUAGAGAGCACAGCAUGUAUGGCUGCAUGGAUUCAGUUUCAUGAUUUCAUUUUUAAUGUGAAUUAUUUUUUAAUAUGUCGACUGAUCAAUUGAAGGUGGGGACAGUUAGCUAACAGAUCUGUAUCGUUCAUUUUAACCCUCUAGUGGAGGACUCAUUUUGCACUGUUCAAAGUAAGCCUUCAAAUUUCUGAGUUUUAUCAAGCCGUUUUGUCACAUUUUGAAGGGCUUUGCCUUGCUGUGCAGUAUCCUCCAGGCGAGGCCUUUGGUUUGGUCAAGCUGGAACGAGACGAAACUCAAUGUGCCUCGUGGGAUUGUGAGGGGGAGGACUGGGGUCAUCUGCAUGGGGCUUCAAGCGUGGGUGGUAUGAGCCUUGUCUGACUGGGACACAGGUGAUCCCUGCUCUCACUGCAAAAGAGGCAGUGUUGUAGCAUGGCCAGCACUCUGCCACACUCAUUGUCCUAUAGCUACGUGUUACCAGAAACCAAACUAGCUGCUAUACCACAUGUUAUUUUGUUCAUAUAUAUACCUACAAAGAGAGACUAUAAAAAUAUAUGACAAUUUACUGCACUUAAAGAUGCAUGUGUUUCAGGUGAGACACAUACCCUGGUGCUGAGCGGUGCAGUAUGGGGGGGGGGUAGUAGAACCCCCUCUGUUGUAUUCAGACAUUAUGAGCUUCGUGUUUUAAAGGAUCAGGUGUAACAGUAGAGAGGACUUUCCACUUAUAAUACAGGGGACACGCUUUCAUUCCCAGAGGGUGUGGUCUUUUAGUCAUCAGUACCCCGGGGGCCAAACUGUAUGUGUGAAUUAAGUCCCAGCAAAAUGUCAGACAUUACCAGCAUCUGAUUUUACUUAAAGAACAGUGUCGGUAUGAUCUCAUAAACUGUUACGGUGUGCUAAUGUGUAGCUGCUCUGCUUGUGUGAUAAAAUAUUUUUUUUAAAUGUC